GGCCGUAUCCAAGUCCGUAACUACAAACCUCAUCAUCAUCAUCAUCAUCCUCAUCAUCAUCAUCCUCAACAACAUGGCGCCAGCGUACAGCUGGACCGCGCAUAGACGCCACGGCACUACUUCAACAAGUUACUUCACUCACUAAACGCAGCGUCGCGAAGAUUUUUUUGUAGCUUUUCUUUUUACUUCUCUUCUUAAACUGUUUGUUUAUUCUCUUUGGCAAGCAAAUAUGCGACUUUUUUGAACAUCUUGGUCUCAUAUACUCACCUGCCUAGCAGAAAGAACAUAUCGUACUGGACCAACUCACAGCUGCUGUAUUUCUUGAAGUGAAAGAAAAGUGGGCACUGAAGAUCACGCAGACGGUGAAAGUACUUUUCCAACAAAAAUAAGCCAUGUAACGGUGCUCGAGAGGCUUUUCUUCAUCAGAGGACAUGCAUCUAAACAUGAGCGAAAAUAACUGUCCACUUGAAGAAAGGGAUAGAGACAGACUUCCUCCAAUACUAAACCAUCAGAACUUGGACCGUGGACCGAAGCUCCCUUUCCCCUCCUAUGGAAGUUUUAUCUCCACCUUGAAUCACAAAAGAGAGUCAGGCAACCACAGUUUCUCCUCUCCAUUCUUUCUACCUGCAGUUAAACAAGUGAGAGAGCUUCCCCCAAUAUAUCCAGAUGUGAGACAGAAGCAUCGUAUCUCUAUUGAUGUACUCCCUCCAGAGGUGAAGGCUCGUUUUGUCUCAGAGCCCAUUAUUCCUAUUCGAACUAAAACAGCCAAAGAGUUUCAGGACGAUGUUGAACGGGCAACUAUCUCAGGGGAUUGGAAGCAAGUCCAUGAUUUCUACUUGACCACGUUUGACUCUUUUUUGGAACUCAACGGUGCCUUUAAGAAAGAAGCAAAUGCUCCCUUCAACACUAUUGAAGACUCAGGAAUAAACAUCAAAUUUGUCAAUAUUGUUUAUGAUACCUUACUCCAUACGCCCGCGGACACACAGAAGUCAGUCCUGAAGGGAAUUAUUAAUAGCUUAUUAAGACAAUGGAAAGGGCCUCGGACAAAGGAUGACCUCAGAGCAUACUUUGUUCUUGUGCAGAACCCUCAGUACACCAGCCCUGCCACAUAUGUCAUCUAUGCACACUUACUGAGGCAAAUAGCAGCCCUGGCUGAAGCGGACCACCAUUUCCUGAUGCACUGGUUUAAAAAGCUGCCUCAGAAGCGUUUCAAGCAGCUGGUGGAGCGUUUGCAACUCUUCAUCACCACCCGCCUAUUUCCUACCAAACCAGAAGAGUUGCCGCCCAUGGCCAAAUGCUCUUGGUGGAUUCCCUCGGCCACUAAAGUCCUCUCCCUGCUUAAUGCUGCAAACAGCAUUUCAUCUGCCCCUAUCAUCCCUUUCACUGAUUUCUACAACCUAACAUUGGACCACAUAGACUUUAUGGAGGAUUACCACACAUGGCAGGUUCAUGGAAAUUCAAACAGGUUCACGUUCUGUCAGUUCCCCUUCAUCCUGUCCACAGUGGUGAAGAAAGCCAUCAUCCAGAGAGAUUCAGAGCAGCAGAUGAUCAGCAUGGCCAGGCAAACCCUGGUGGACAAGGUCUCUCGCAGGCAGAGGGUGGAUAUGAGUCUGCUGUUUCUCAACAUUAAAGUUAGGCGUCUGCAGCUGGUCAGUGACUCACUGGAUGAGCUUUCAAGAAAGCGAGCAGACCUGAAGAAAAAACUGAAAGUGACGUUUGUUGGGGAAGCAGGAUUGGACAUGGGUGGACUCACAAAAGAGUGGUUUCUUCUCCUGAUUCGACAGAUUUUUCACACAGACUACGGCAUGUUCACGUAUGUGAAGGAGUCUCAGUGUUAUUGGUUCAGCAGCUGGAAAUGUGACAACUACUCUGAAUUCCGAUUGGUUGGAGCCCUUAUGGGAUUGGCUGUGUACAACAGCAUCACACUGGACAUCCGUUUUCCCCCCUGUGUCUACAAGAAGCUGCUGACCCCGCCCAUUGUGCCGUGUGACCUCGACACCCCCGUUGGCAUGGCGACCCUCACCCUGGACGACCUCCAGCAGAUUAUGCCUGAUCUUGCUCAUGGCCUUGGGGAACUGCUCAGCUAUGAAGGAAAUGUUGAAGAGGACUUCUAUACCACCUUUCAGGUUUUUCAAGAAGAACUUGGAGUGGUCAAAGCCUAUAAUCUGAAACCAGGGGGGGACAAGAUCCCUGUAACCAAUCUAAACAGAAAAGAAUAUGUCCAGCUCUACAUUGAUUUCCUGCUGAAUAAGUCUAUCUACAGGCAGUUUGCUGCUUUCUAUAAUGGUUUUCACAGCGUUUGUGCUUCAAAUGCCCUAAUGCUCUUAAGGCCAGAGGAGGUUGAGAUCCUGGUGUGUGGUAGUCCUAAUCUGGAUAUGGGCUCUCUGCAGCGAGUGGUGCAGUAUGAGGGCUACAGCAAGACUGACCCCACCGUCCGAGCUUUCUGGGACGUGGUUCUGGCUUUUCCUUUGGAGCUGCAGAAGAAACUGCUCCACUUUACCACAGGAAGUGACCGCGUUCCUGUGGGGGGAAUGGCUGACCUCAACUUCAAGAUCUCCAAGAUUGAUGUCUCCACUGACUGGCUGCCGGUGUCACAUACGUGCUUCAACCAGAUCUGUCUACCUCCAUACAAGAGCAAGAAAGAACUGCGGCAAAAGUUAACUAUUGCCAUUUCAAAUGCGGAGGGUUUCGGAUUAGAGUAGGUUACAGAUGGAGAUAAAAUAAUCUUUUUUUAAACAGGGUUGUGCAUCAGAAUUAUAUUUGACAAUGUCUUUUCAAUUCAGAAUCACUGCAUUUUUACACUGCAUGGUUCAAGUGACCCAAUUCCAGUUUUUUUUUUCAGUUCGGAUAUGGCCCACAUACAGUACAUAUAAGCUAGAUAAAAACACAUGGAUUCCAAUUUUUAGAUCAGAUUUGAACCUCGUUCAUAUGUGGAAAUGCAUCCAAUGUGAAUUGUGCCCUCAUGUCUGCAGUGUAAGCAGGUACAUCAGAUUUUCACCUGUCAGUAGCUAUGUUUCCAUCCACCUAUUUUUAUGUGCAUUUUGUAUAUGCGCAUAAAAAAUUGGUUGAUGGAAAGCCAUGAUGCGCAUAAAUUUAGAAAAUUUACAUAAAACACUUAUGCACAUAACUGAGGAGGAUAAACUUUUUUUUCGGUAAGAAAAUAUGUGCGUAAACUACGAUUGAAACACUUGUACCGAACAAAUUCCAGUAUGCACUAGGGCUGUGCAAUUAAUCGAAAUUUAAUCGCAAUGACAAUUUUAAAUGUUGCAAUUAGCUAAUCGCAAGAGGCUGCGAUAUGAAUGUAUAUUAUUUAAUUUCCCCCACCCAGAGCAAAUGCAUGACUGUCAUCUGUGAGUGACAGUCUUACUAGCCAAUUGAGUGAGCACACUUUUGUUCUGCCCAAUCAGAAUAGUGCAACAGAACUAUGCGGAACUCCCACAAUAAAAAAACAAACAAACAGAAAAGCCCGAACGAAUGGAAUGAUGACGUCUUCUGCUUCAAACGCAUUAAUAGAUGAAUUAGGCCCAAUCCCAAUUCUACCCCUUAGCCCUUACCCUUACCCCUACCCCUCAUUUUGCGCAUUUCCUUUAGCUUACAAAAUAGAAUUUGGAUUGGGCCUUAAUAUCAAAGGAAAAACAGCAUGUGGGUAAUAUGGGAAUAUUUUGGUUUCAAAGUCACAGACAACGAACAAAAAAAGGUCAUUUGUAAGAGCUGUCACAGAAUUGUUGCCAGCAUGAGGAAAUACAACCAGCACCUAAAAUAGCACCACAGGCGGCUAUAUGAGGAGUGUGAUUGAGCUGAAGCUUAACUAAAAAAUUUAAUUGCAAAUCAAAUUGAAAUAUCUGUCAAAAAAUUCGCAAUUAGAUAUUUUCCCCAAAUCACACAGCCCUAGUAUGUGCAUUAAAAAAUUCAUGUGAUUUUGUUAAAAGAGAUCAUAUGAUGAUAAAAAUGUGCGUGAUAGACACACCAGCAGGCUGAGCACAUUGUAAAACAUCUGAAAUGUUGUUUUGGUCAUUCUAAAACACCUUAACUAUUUCAGUAUUUAUUUUAUUAUAUUAUUGCUGACCUCCAGAAUCAAGAGUGGUGUUCAGUGUCUCAUGUCUUCAAACAACACCAUGUGUUCUGUGUGCAUCGGCAUUUGUAUUCUGAGGCACAAGUAAUUCAAUAGAUAAAGAAAAGAUUCACUCAGCUUCUUCUACUGCUGUAAAUUCUGUUUUUAGUUUUUUGAUAUUUGGCACCAGUAAAUCAGUAGGUGAUGAUUUUUUCUCUAUGACUCAUUGGAUAGAAACGCUGCGCAAGUCUUAUGUUCAAUAUUCCAGUUUUGCGCAUACAUUUUAUUUGCAUCUUUGGAUGGAAACAUAGCUAAUGUCAAACCUUUCAAUUUAGUAAAGAUUGUUGACCUUUAUUGAAAAGUUUGAGAAAGAACUUAAAACAUCUAUAGUCUAAAUUAAUCAAAAAUGAUGUUAUGGAUAUUUAAGGUGAUACUAUAUUUCUUGUUGCUGCCAAUGCUUAUUGGAAAAAUGUGGUUUUACCAACUCCAAAAAAGUGCCUGUUCAUAAAAUUUUCUGCAGUUUUCAGAUGAAAUAUACACUAAGGGCAGUAUAAACAUCAAAGCACUUUUGCCACAGUGCAUGAUUUGAUUUACUCAUACACAUGAUGCCAACACAGGCUCAUUCUGAAAACGUAGCCCUAUAUACUUUUCUAGAGAUCACGAAUUAUGUUGCCAGAAGUACGUUUGUGUAAUGUGAAGUGGUUGCUGACAACGGAGUGCGGAUCCAAAUGCAGGAUUUAAUCUACAGAAUGGUCAGGCAAGCAAUGGUCAACACAGGAUGUAUACAGGCAAUCUAGAGUCGUGAUCAUAAAACAGGCAAUUGGUCAAAAGGCGGGCAGCAGACAGGAAUAAACAGUAAAACAAACAAAACAAAGUGAGGGUCAAAACCAGCAAGGCAAGAAAACCGUGUAAUAAUGUUCACAAACAGUAUAACAAGACUCUGCCCAGAGGUGUAUGUGUAUGCGGUUUAUAAAGUCUAUGUUAUCAGUUCAUGAGCGGCUCCCAGCCGUGAGUGUGUGUACUCUACUGAAUGUGGAACAGGUGCGUGUGAGCGGUGCAUGAUUGAAACUUGUAGUCCAUGUAAUGGCUAGUCCGUUAGCGAUCUGUGUGUUUACCAGAAACCUGCUAAGAUUAGAUCGCUGGUGAUUGUGACAGUAUUGCCUCAUAUUGUUUUUAAAACAAAUGCUACAGGGCGAUAUGACAGCGUUCCUUUUUGCACUUACCAGCUGACCGAUUUCCUCCGUAUGGAUAGCUUUCCGGCUGUGAUCAGUUUGUCCAGUUAGCUCGCCAUGUACAUCAGUGGACUUGAUCCAAAAAAUAAAAUAGACAAGUAAAUAACAAAGUGAGAAUGUGGUAAAAUAUAAAAACCUGAUGAAAAUCGGGUGUGGGCUUUUCUUUUUCUGCAUUGCUUUUUAAAUUUGUCGGUUGAGUUUAGGGAAGUUGGUGGGCAGGUCAAUUGGUU